ACCUGCCGUUGGCGUGCUGCUCAGCUAAUUAGUGCUGCCAAAGUUGGUCGUAUCCGAAAGAAGCGCUGUCGGCUGCUUGCUGAUGUGAAUUUGGCUCCGCGAGGGAAUGUUUCGCUGGCCCUCGUCACUCAAUCUGAGACAACGGAUGAAGCAUCCUUUACAUACCUUGCGUCAAAACCCCCCAUUGGCAUGAAGACAUUCAGGACUGCUCAGCCGCAUGUUAUUGACAAGGGCCUCGCGACCGGGUGCCCGGCAUCGAAGACGGGGAGAGAGGGAGAUGGCGCUGUAGUUCCCUGUUUGUCAACUUCUGGGAAUGCCGCGGCUACAACCACAUGGGUGAGCUCCAGAUGA